AUGCAAGUGACGACCCAAGCGGCAGCAAAUGUGCUGCUAACCAGUGUCACGGUCUACUUUACGCUCUUCUUAGUACUGAUUCUAGUAUACGAGGUGCUACGGCCGCGUUUAGCGCAUGUAUACGCCCCCGAGAACCUCGCGGACUUUCCCCAGUCGAAACAGCGCAAGUUCUUGAGCUGGGUACCGUUUAUGUGGAGUAUUGACGAGUCCGACGUGGCUGAAAAGUGCGGCCUGGACGCCUGGGUCCUGCUGCGGUUCAUGCAGAUGGGACGGAAGGUGGCGCUGCUGUGUGUUUUGUGCUCUCUCGCCCUCUUUCCCAUGUAUUUCUGUACAGCAGCUGUGAUUGAAGCUCAGGAACAAGAGAAGCACCAUCAUGUCCUGAGUCAGCUGCUACCUGCAUCUAGUGGAGUUUCCAAUGCUUCCACUGUGGCCAUUGCAUCCAUGAUCAUGCUCAUGCUCGAAGAACGACCGGAUAGCAAAAACAGUGCACCACACAGUCUCUUGGCUGACGGCAAGCUGAAACUGGAUGUGGUGGACCGACUCACGAUCGCCAACGUUGGCAAAGACGACUGGAGACUCUAUUUCACAGUCUUUGUUGCCUACAUUCUCAGUUGCUACGUCAUGCGACUGCUGCUAAACGAGUAUACCGUAUACCGUAAACGCCGCCACGAGUUCCUCAUGCGCAAGCACCCGCAGCAGUAUAGCGUCGUGAUCUCGGACCUUCCUCAGGCCCAACGUCGUCCUCAGACGCUACAGGCGUAUUUGGAGUUCCUGUUUCCCGAUUCAGUUCACUCGGUGUACAUUGGUGUCGAGUGUGCAGCAUUGGAGAAAGUACUUGAGAAACGCCGGAUGAUUGUGUAUCACCUGUACGCGGCGAAUGUCCAGCUCACAAAGGCAAAAACCAAGGCUGGGGACUAUGGUGUGAUCCAACGACCGAAAGAGUGCAUUGGUCGUCGCUUCUUUGGACUAUGCGGUGGCGGCAAGAAAGUUGAUGCUGUCGACUACUACUCGGAGAAAUUGCAGAAGGUUGAGGCCGAAAUAGUUCGUGUUCGGAACGAGAUUCUUCAGUGCCAGUCAGCAGAAAAAGACCAAGAGAUCACUCGUGGGAAACAGUACGGCUCAAAAAGCGCAGCAGCGUCACGAAGGUUUUCUUCGCUGACGGAACUGACAGAGAAGCUUCGUGCAACGAAGAGUUCGAUGCGGGGAGAGGAAUCGUUGCCGUUGCUACAUGUAAGCAUGCCGAUGCCCAAGCGACCUAAUGUGAUGCGCAGCAGUGCGUUUGUAAGUUUCCGAAGCAUACGUUCUGCUCAAGCAGCGCAACAACUCCUUCAGGUAGAGAAUCCUCGUUGCAUGCUUGUUCUCCCAGCGCCCAACAUUUGUGACGUUCAGUGGGAAAACUUUGGUCUACCGCACAAGCUUAAAGCAAAAUGGAAACUCGUCUCCAUGGGAGUAUCGCUCUUGAUUGGGUGCUUCUGGACAGUACCAACAGCUUUUGUCGCGUCAAUGGCUAGUGUCGACGAGCUCCGCCAUCUUUUUCCAUGGCUUGGUGGCCUUAUGGAGAAAAACUCGUGGUUGCUCAUUGUUUUGCAGCAAACUGCACCACUGGUAUACUCAGCGAUGAAUGGACUUGCGAACGUGAUUUUUAGACAACUGUCUACUCAGGAGGGUCAUUUGUCGAUCUCGGAAGUGGAAGCUAGUCGGUUCACAAAGCUAUGCUUCUUUCAAGCUUUCCAAAUGUUCUUCGUAUCGGCGCUAGCGGGAUCCAUUAUCACGGAGUUUAUGCUGAUUUUGGACCAGCCACGCCUGCUAUUCUUCUUCUUGGGCAACACGAUUGCGAACCAGUCCAUGAUGUUCAUUACCUUCAUCAUCACGCAGUUGUGCGUAAAUACGUCUCUUUUCCUGCUGCGUGUAUCGCCCUUAGUGAUCUCUGCGGCAUACCGUGUCUUGGCUCCCAUGCAUGCCAAGUUACCUCGGCCCCGAGAAUGGAUGGGUCUGUGCCCUAUCAACUUUCGGACUGACCUCGAUACGCCGAUGAAUCUGGCGCAGCAAUAUCUCGUCUUCUUAUUCGUCGUGGUGUUUGCCCCCAUCGCACCACUUGUGGGCUACUUUGGUGCAUUGUUCUUCGUGGUGUCCGAGCUGUCGUACAAGCGAUGCUUAUUUUUUGUUAACAGCUCGCAUUGGGCAGCAAACAAUUCGAUGGGUGUGUAUUGGCCACCGCUCUACUCAUUUGUGAUCGGUGCGCUGAUCAUCGGCCAGUGCACGCUGAUUGGACUGCUAUCGUUGAAGUCGGGUGGAUACGGACCGAUCGGGCUUACCACCAUGCUUCCUUUCAUCACGCUUGCCUUUCAUUGGUACGCAGUUGACCUAUCUCGUCUGAAUCGGGCUGCUGAGAAUCUACCGCUUGACCAGUGUUGCGACGUCGAUGAGGAGCGGAAGGAUGAUUCCUUUGAUUUCCUGAAUGGUAUCUAUCGUCAGCCAGCCAUGAUUGAAGCAUUUAGCCCGGCUUUUGUCCGGGGCCACGAAUUUGAAAGCGGCACGAGUGCUGCUAUUGACGCCACUUACGUCCAGGGGGACGCCGUGGAACCGCAAGUCGAACCGCUGGACAAGCCUGUAAAGCCUCUAAACCAGCAAACCCGUUUAGCUGAGCUGAACAAUGAUAAGAAGGGCGAAAACAAGGGGACGGAAUGA